AGGAGAGAAACAGCGAGGAAGAGUACUAAAGGGACAAAGAACCGCUGCCUCACAUUCAUCCUCUGCAACAAGUUGGAAACUUCAAAGUCUGCGUCCUGGAAAGUGUGUUACUGCUUGUUCUUCGUCUGUCAAAUUCACUGUCUUUCCUUGCCUCGUCCUGCAUCAUGCUGCGUCCAGUUGCCAUCCACUGUGUGUUGUCCACCUUACUGUCCCUGUGGGCGCUGUGCAACGCCCAGUCAGACUCUAGCCCCCCUGUCAUCCAGCUACGUUUAGCCGGGGAGAAGCGGAAACACUACGAGGGCCGGUUGGAGGUUUUCUACAAUGGCGAGUGGGGAACGGUGUGUGAUGAUGACUUCUCUAUAUCUGCUGCACACGUGGCGUGCAGAGAGCUCGGCUUCCUGGACGCCCAGUCCUGGUUGCCCUCGGCCAAAUACGGAAAAGGAGAAGGCCGGAUCUGGUUAGACAACUUGCACUGCACCGGUGGAGAGAAGAGCCUGGCUCAGUGUCACUCCAACGGCAUCGGUGUGUCGGACUGCAAACACUCGGAAGAUGUCGGAGUGAUGUGCAACCAGAAGCGCAUUCCAGGCUUCAAGUUCAUUCGGAACAAGGCCAACAGCGAGGAGACUUUCCCGGUGCAGGUGGAGGAUGUGAGGCUCAGGGCCACUUACUCUCAAAGGAAGAGGGUUCCCAUCACUGAGGGCUACUUGGAGGUGAAAGAAGGAGGCAAGUGGAGACAGAUCUGUAACGAGGACUGGACAGAGCAAAACAGCAAGGUCAUCUGUGGCAUGUACGGCUUCCCCGGGGAGAAACGCGUCAAUGCCCGACCCUACAAAUUGCUGGCCAAGCGUCGCAAGAAGAACUACUGGGGUUCCUCUGUCAACUGCACCGGCAACGAAGCCGACCUGUCCGAAUGUAAUAUGGGCAGAGACAUAGUGCUGAAGGGGAACAGCACCUGUGAGAAGGGCAUGCCUGUGGUGGUCAGCUGUGUGCCGGGACGCGCCUUCGCUCCCAGUGUCAGCGCCGGCUACAGGAAGGCCUACAGGGUGGAGCAACCAUUGGUGCGGCUAAGAGGCGGAGCUUUGAUUGGCGAGGGGCGAGUGGAGGUGUUGAAGAACGGGGUGUGGGGCACGGUGUGCGACGACAACUGGAACAUCCGAGCUGCCACCGUUGUGUGCAGAGAGCUGGGCUUCGGCAGCGCCAAAGAGGCUCUGACUGGAGCCCGCCUGGGGCAAGGGAGCGGGUCGGUCCACAUGAACGAGGUGGAAUGCUCUGGCUUUGAGAAGUCACUGACUGAGUGCUACUUCAACCGUGAAGCUCUGGGAUGCAACCAUGAGGAGGACGCAGCUGUCAGGUGUAAUGUUCCCGCCAUGGGCUUCAACAGCAGACUGAGGUUAAACGGCGGCCGCAAUCCCUUCGAAGGCCGUGUGGAGGUCCUGACAGAGAGGAACGGCUCCGUGGUUUGGGGCACGGUGUGCAGCGACAGCUGGGGGACCAUGGAGGCCAUGGUGGUGUGCAGACAGCUCGGCCUGGGCUUCGCCAGCAACUCUUUCCAGGAAACAUGGUACUGGCAAGGAGACGUCUCAGCUGAUGCCGUCGUGAUGAGUGGAGUGAGAUGUUCAGGGACUGAGCUGACUCUGGAUCAGUGUCUGCAUCACGGGAAACACGUCCUCUGUCCCAAAGGAGGUGGACGCUUCUCUGCGGGGGUCUCCUGUACUCAGAUGGCCCCGGACCUGGUGCUCAGUGCCCAGGCUGUGGAGCAGACCACCUACCUGGAGGACAGACCCAUGUACAUGCUGCAGUGUGCCCACGAGGAGCACUGUCUGUCCAGCAGCGCUGACACAGCAGAGCCCUCCUCGUACCGCCGCCUGCUCCGCUUCUCCUCCCAGAUCCACAACAACGGCCAGGCAGACUUCAGACCGCGGGCGGCCCACCACUCCUGGGUCUGGCACGAGUGUCACAGACAUUACCACAGUAUGGAGGUUUUCACCCACUAUGAUUUGCUGACUCUCAACGGCACUAAAGUGGCAGAAGGACACAAAGCCAGCUUCUGUCUGGAGGACACGCACUGUGACGAGGGUAUCCAGAAGAGGUACGAAUGUGCAAACUUCGGGGCCCAAGGCAUCACAGUGGGCUGCUGGGAUACCUACAGGCACGACAUCGACUGUCAGUGGAUUGACAUCACCGACCUGAAGCCCGGAGACUACAUCUUCCAGAUUGUGAUAAACCCAAACUUUGAGGUUGCAGAAUCAGAUUACACCAACAACAUUAUGAAGUGCCGCUCCCGGUACGAUGGACAGAGGAUAUGGACAUACAACUGUAUUAUAGGUGGCUCACGCAGUUCAGAAACAGAGGAAAUGUUCCCCGGAUUGCACGACAACCAGCUUUCCCGAAGGUAGACCAAACUUGAACACAGACGGACAUCAGGGAAGCAUAUAUUGAUAUUUGACAACCACUAGAGGGAGCUGUACUCUUUUUGCCUCCUUGGAGCCGUGCUGGAUUGUUGUCGGGCUCCGGGCUCCGAUGGUACAACGGACAAUGAUUCAGUGAGAAAAUGAACUGCUUGCUUACCAAAUCUGUAAACCAAAUUUAGCUUUACAAAAGUGUCCAUAUGGUGUCUUGGUGCCCUUAUUGAAAUAAAGAUGUCGACCUGGUGCUCACUGGCAGAGAUGUCAGUGUGGGUUGAAGCCAAAUAAUUUAUUUAAUUAACUGUGCCAACAGUUGUCCCCUAAGCCAAAUAGAGCUUUAACUCAAAUCCAUUAGAGGAGACUCUCGCUGUGUUUGAGGGGGAGGAAUGAAAACAGUCAAACCUGGUGCUACGACGAAAUAAUGCACUGUUUGCUUUUCCCAAAACAGUGUAAUUUAAAUAAGUUUUGGUUGAAUCCUGUUUGUUUGCACAGUAUUGGAUAGUAAAACGUUUUUUUAACAUAAAUCUGAGAGCAAAUACAUAAUGGGUAUGAUUACUUUAGAGCAGCAUGGCACAGUCAUUACAACGACACAAAGAGUGGCUACCUGUAACCAAAACUGUAAUAUAGUUCUCCCUGAAGUUGGAUUUAUUUUUAUAUUUCUAGUGCUGAACACAGUAUACUAGUCUAUACAUUUCUUAAAUUGGUUCCCUUCAGUGUUUUUGACGACCAGUCAAUAUAUUUAGUGAUAAAUUGUCUGAAUUAAGUGGGAAUGUUCUUUUUUCCUUCCAGGAUUUUGUAUUCCACAUACUUGAGUUUGCUCUUAAAAAUGUUUUAUUUAUUAUAGUUUUUCUUGGUUGUUUUUAGUAAACGCAUUUUCAUCUUCAUCAUCUGUGCAUCCCCCCCAGCUUCUGUCUCAGUUUACGUACUCAUUUCUCCGUCAGGGACUAUGAUAACAUUGCGGAUGUGCUGUCAAAGCCAAAGAUGUUUGUGAAAAAUCCUCCUCUUUAAUUUGUGAAUUUAAUGUAACAAAUGCAAGGAUCCUUCAUUUUUUAAAGAGUACUUGUUGCUUGCUGUCUGACUGAUUAUGUUUUGUAUGCAAGGAUGAAUGUGGCAAAGCCUUACAUUUAUGAAAUAAACAAUAUUGUUGAAAGCAAA